AUGCGUCUACCAAGAGCAGGCAUCCAAGUACGUGCCACGAUUAUUGACAAUGUGUGCGUUCUAACAGAUUGUCGUGUAGGUCAAGCUACGGACCCAACGAUGAGCACACAUCUAUCAUCCUAGGCAGGCUUGAGAACCUUGAGCGAAUCAUUGCAAACUUUGGUGCUAGUGAAACCGCAACGACCCCUGCUGGUCAACAUCAUGCCAGUCCCGGUGCUGCAUGGCUUCAAGGCUACUCGCCAGCUGCCAGCAACGCCGGCCUGGUCUUCGCUGAGGUAUCCCCAGAAGCUGGGAGAAUAAACCUCGCCGCCGCUACCCCUUCCCCUUCCCCCGCGGCGGCAAUAUAUCCGCACGCGGCAGUUCAACCAGGGUCGCCGGACAGUACCAGUGCCGCCAUGACGAUCCCGAUCGCGCAUUCCACAACAACUGGAGACCUACUGCGUUCCGAGGCCAUCAAAUUACUUGUUGGGGAUUAUCCUCCUUUUGCCCUCUCUCGUGUCGAAGCCAAGCGGAAUGUGCCUGAAAGGUUGUCCUUUGGUGAGGCGGGGAAACACAACAGAGCGGAUUUACCUGAUGUCUCGCAUUGGCAGACGCGGCAGCUCAUCGAGGCCUAUUUCAACCUCGUUGGAACACAGCAUCCAGUAUUGGAUCGCGGCGAGUUCGCCCAACUAUACGACAAAGUGGUCGCCGAAGGUACACUCGCUAUGACUCACUCUGUCUGCCUUGUGUUUGUGGUUCUGGCACUCGGUGCCAUAGCCCAGGUUUCAAGCUUUAGGAAUGUUUCAGAGGAUGCGCCACCUGGGAUCGAUUUCUUUGAGCCCGCUCUUAGAUAUCUCAUCGACGAGUGGCCUAUGUUUUCCGGCGCUGAUAUUGUUCUGCCGCAAGCCAUGUACCUAGCCUCGCUGUACUUUGGCUACCUGUCUCGACCCCUUCAAACAUGGCGACUGGUGCACAUGGCAUCCACUAGCACCCAACAGAUACUCCUAUGGUCUGUUUCUACGUCACGUAACAGCCGGCUAGCCGACCCAGCUAAUGAUGAUUCAGGACAAACCCAACGCCUGCCCUUACUCGGCUCUGCUGGGCCGUGUUUAUCUUAGAAUGGUAAGCUCACUUCACAGCAGACCGAACAUAGAAAGCUCACGGACGAUCCAACAGUGACACGCUAGCUGAACACCAUUUACCAAGGAGCGGGGUGGAGCAACUUGUAGAAGACAUGCCUUUCCCAGAUUGUGGUACUCCCGCGAAUCCUCACAUGCUCUCUUGGCUAGCGAACAUCUCUUCUCGCAAACUACUAAAUCGCAUUCACAAUGCACUGUAUGACCAAUCUCGCAAGCAGACCUUGUCUAGAGAGUCUCUCCAAGGCAGCGAUCCUUCUUUUCGGAUCUCCCACGAGCUCGCACACCAACUGCGUGAAUGGUUCACGCUUCUACCAGAGUCUAUCAAGCCGCCUUCUGUUCUCGACAACAUGACGAUUGAGCAAGCUGUACUGAAGAUGCGCUACCACGCUGCCGGAGAUAUCAUCUUCCGGCCUUUCUUACUGCGUGCGUUUCACUUGUCUGCUCUGGGGCAGGCGAUCCUACAACAGACACUAUCUAAUGCAAGCGAGUGCCUUACCCACUGUCAGCAGUAUAUCAAUACUGUUGUGGUACGUUUAAAGCAGCCCUCUGCCUCCCUGGAAAUCUUCCUCCACUCGUAAGUUUGCAAUCUCAUCUAUCUGGGUGUGCAAUGAGUGUUAACACUGGCCACUAAAGUGCACUAGCAUGCAUUCUACUAUUGACAAAGGCUUCGCUCUGUACCGAGCUGGCUGGGUUGGUAGAUGGAAUAGCACGGCUACAGGACGAUACUAUCUUAAUCUUUGA